AUGGACAAUACAACAGCAAAAAACACGAUAGAUAAUGCCACCAACGCGAAUGCUGCAACCACAGCGACGGUUGGUAAUGAAGGUGUUAUCAAUAGCAAUAGCUGCAGCGGUGGCGGUGGUGGUGGACGUAGCAGCGGCAGCAGCAACAAUCAGAACAACGGCAAUCACAACAGUAGCACACACAAUGGCAGCGUCAGCGGUAGCAACACACAACACAACAGCGGCUGCAGUAGCAGACACAUGAAAACGAAUAUGAGCGGCGCCGGUGUGCCGACACUGCCCGCAGCAGUGCUACCCCUGUCAGCAACAUCCGUAGGCAGCACACCGCCGAGCAGCGCUGAAGCGACAAAUACCAACAAUUUCGCUUAUUACACGGGCGCCGCUGAAACGGUGGCAGCAACAGCUGGCACAGCUGCAACGCAGCGACAUGCUGUAGCAGCAACGCCACCACUACCACCCCCACCACAAACGUUGCCACCACAAUCAUCAGCUGCGGCGGCCUCAUCAGCAACAGCGCACUAUCCACCACCACACCAGCAACACUAUGCCGCGGGCAACACAGUGGCGCCACUGUCGGAUGCCUUUCACCACCAGCAGAUGCAGCUACAGCUGCAACAACAAUAUGAGCAGCAUUAUCAACUGCAAACAGCCUAUUUUCACCAGCAGCAGCAGCCGCCGCCACCGACGCAGUCGCAGCAAGAAGACCAAUCAACAACGUAUGUGACGCCACAACAGCCGUCUACACAAUACCAACAUGCGGUGGCCACAACAACAACAGUAAAUCAACAUGCAGCGCGCAGCAAUAGACAAGCAACGCCGUCGACAGCCACACACCACGCAACGAACACAUCACAAGCAACAACAACAGCACAGCAGCAGCAGCCACAGGCAGCAAUGACGCACGCGUUGACACACACCACACAGCAACAACAACAGCAGCAGCAGCAGCAAAUAUACCCCACGGCUAUGUUGGCAAUCGCCACCGCACCGCCGCCACCAACAACGUACGGUGUUAGCGGUGGCAGCGGUGCCCCGGCACCUUUGGCCAACAUAAGCACCGUUAAUGCCACACAAAACGUCAAUGUGAUUUCGGCAGCGCCGAUCGUGGUGGAAUUCAGCAAUUUUCAACUGAAUUGUAUGCGCACAACGGCCACAACGACGACAAAUGGUGGCGCUUCAGCAGCAGCAGCGGCAGCAAUGGUCGCAACAACACAAGCGAACAGCGACGUGAAUCGCGGCUUGGCAGGCGGCGUCAUCGGGCAAGCGAACACACAACACCAUCAUCAUCGCCACCACCAUCACUAUCACAAUGCUGCUGCGGCGGGCAACAUGCAUGCGCAUACACACCAACAAGCGCUGCUGCAACAGACACAACCGCAACAACAACAGCAGCAUCAACAUCAGCACCAGCACGCGCUGCAAUCAGAUGCAACGCUGGCCGACAGACAGCAGCUGCAGCAUCAGCAAUAUGCGCAGCAGCCAACGCAGCCGCUCCAGCAACAUGCAACACAUUACGGCUAUCACCAGCCGCAUCAUCAUCACCAUCAUCAGAAUGUGCGGCACUAUCAUCAUGCGCCGCCGCCGCCACCAGCGCCGUUGUAAGGCGUCGAAAUAAAUUAGAAAUAAGCAUGUUGCGCAACAUGUUGCAGCAACAUUGCUGCACACACACAGUUUGCUAUUGGUGGCCGAAAGUUAAUGUUAGUAAGAAAAGUAGUAGUUAUAGUAAUGAAAAUAAUAAUAGCAUAAAAUAAAAAAAUAGUUAAUAAUACUAAUUAUUAAAAAUGAUAAUAUUUAUAAAAAAAAUAAUGCGUAAUAAGUAAAAAUGCAUAAUAAUUAAAAAAUAAUAAUUUUUAAAAAUAUACUAAUAACAACAAAUUAUAGUAAUGAAUGAACAAAUUAUAAAAAUAAUAAAAUAAAUUAAAAUAAUAACAAAAAUAUAAUUAAAAAUACAUUAAUUAAAGAAAAAUUAGUAGUAAUAAUAAUAAACAAACAAACAAAUAAGCAAUUUUUGAACUUACCACCGUUUCUCAUAAUCAUAGUUUGCUUUGUUUCGUUUUGUUUUGUUUUUUAUAUAUAUAAUUUAACGUUUUCUAAAAUGUAUUUGAAAUUUUUUUUUUCGUUCGUUCGUUUAUUUAUUCAAUUAUUUAUACGUUUAUGAAGCUCUUUUCGCAAUUCUAAUUCUGUUUGUAGUUUUAAUACAAUUUUUUGCAUAUAUUUUAUUGUAUGUACCGUUUUAUAUACAUACACACACAUAUAUAUAUUUAUAUGAAUAUAACUUCAGUUAGUUAGGGCUGGACUGAUUAUUUAAUGUAAAGCAACAUUUACCACAUGCUUCAGGAGUUUUUUUUUAUAUAUAAUUUAUUUAAUGUUUACGAGCGCGACGCAAAUGUUUUUUAUGCAACAUUUACACAUUUACAAUUAUUAUAUUUCAAUAAUUAAUAAUUAAUAUGGAGAAUUAUUUGAGUAGACGUAGACACGCGAGCGAAAUAUGCAUGCAACAAUUGUGGAAAAUUAAUGAAAAAAAGAAACUAAAAUUGUAAAGUUAAAAGCUGAAUGUAAGAAAACAACGGCAAAACAGUAGCAACAACAACAAGAAGAAUAUCGCAAAAAUCUACCGCUGACGGCUGUUUUCGCUGUUUUCCAGCUGCAAUGUGUUCAAAAUCAACAAAAAUUUAAUAUUAUUUUU